AUGCCUUUUGCGUUUCUGGUCUUGUUCUUCUUCAUAGCAAUCGUGUUAUAUGGUUUCAACAAGUUGAGCCUGCGACGUGAGAAGAGGAAGCCACCUCUGCCUUCAGGACCAAAGGGCCUGCCUCCUGUUGGCAAUCUUAAGCUCAAGGAUGUCUACGAACCUAUCAUCCCUCUCACUGUUCUCGGUCAGACCAUAGUCAUUAUACAUGAUAGAAACAUGGCUUCUGAAUUCAUGGAGAAGCGGGCCGUGAAUCAAUCUAGAAUACCGGUCAUACCUUUUGGCAAUUAUUGUGGUUGGGAGGACGUCAUGGGAGCACAGCUGAACAACCCUUCGUUCAGAGGGCAGCGGAGGCACGUCUUCCAGCAAGUUGGAACGAAGAAUCUAGUGGCAAAUUAUUGGCCCUUGCAAGAAGGUGUCGCAGCAGAGUUGAUCCUAAGAGCAAUUUAUAGGUACACUACCGAAGCAUACGGCGCUGACCCUCUAGUCGACCUUGUCAACGAGGUGAUGGAGCAGUUUUCGCAAGCCUUCGUGCCAGGCAGAUGGGCCAUAGAUCUGAUACCAGCCCUCAUGUAUCUGCCAGAGUGGUUUACAGGCCCAGGAUGGAAGCAGAGCGCCAAAACUUGGAUAAAGCUGGCAGCAGUGUCACUCUACACUGUAGGCGCGGACAUUACAGUGAGCGCAAUGUCCUCCUUCUUUCUCGCCAUGGCCAUGCAGCCCUCCGUCCAAGCGAAAUCACACGUCGAGCUCGACGGUCUCUUCGGCGCCAACCCAACACGUCUACCAACAUCCAAGGAUCGUGCUGAGCUCCCCUACAAACCUCUCAUCGUCGAAGAAGCGCAACGCUGGCACCCAGUCGCAGCCAUGGGUCUAUCACACCGCACUGAUGAAGAAGAUACCAUUGCCGGAUACCGCAUAUCAAAGGACGCUGUUCGCAUACCAGCCAUGUGGUGGUACACGCACGAUCCAUCUGUGUACCACAAUGCAGAGACUUUCAUGCCUGAGGGAUUUGACGAGCCUUACAAUGAGCCCUAUGCAUCGAAUGUCAUGUUCAGACUCGGAAGAAGAAGACACCCAGGUUAUCUAUUUACAGAUGCGAGUUUAUUUCUGAUCAUGGCGCAGUCACUUGCUCUAUUCGAUAUUAUAGCUUGUGUCGAUGACGCAGGAAAGGAGGUUAAGCUUGAGCAUGGCUUCUCGGCGGGCGCUAUUGGUAAGCCCACGCCAUUCGAAGUCAGGCUGCUGCCGAGAAGCGCUGCGCAUGAGAAGCGCUGCGCGAAGUCAUACAUCAAGAUCGUCUGCCUGACUUGGGCAUCAGGGUCUGCGGUUGUGAAUCAUCAUGCCGACUGUAGCGCGCUAUAA